UAGAUGCCCUCUUGCUGUGGAACAGCGGUGCGGAUCUUUAUCACCACUCUUUUUGCAGCUGUGGUGCUCUUCGCCAUCCUGCUGGCCUAUGUGACUGGCUACCAGUUCAUCCACACUGAGCAGCAUCACCUCUCAUUUGGUCUGUAUGGCGCCAUCCUGUCACUUCAUCUGCUGCUGCAGAGCCUCUUUGCUUACCUGGAACACCGCCGCAUGCGAGCACCUUCACGACCACAGCACCUGCGCUGCACUGUUGCCCUGUGCAUUGCUGCUUAUCAGGAGGACCCAGACUAUCUACGCAAAUGCCUUCGUAGUGUGCGCCGCAUCUCCUUUCCCAGUUUAAAAGUAGUUCUUGUUGUAGAUGGUAACCGGCCUGAUGAUGCCUACAUGAUGGACAUCUUCCGGGAGGUAAUGGGUGGAACAGAGCAGGCCGGAUGCAUGGUGUGGAAGGGGAACUAUCAUAGCAAUGGGGCCGAAGAUGCAGGAACGCGCUCAGUGAAUAUGGAAGAGGCUAUUCGGGUGGCCAGAAUAGUGCGCAGCUGCCGCUACUCCUGCAUCAUGCAGGAGUGGGGUGGGAAGAGGGAAGUGAUGUAUACGGCAUUCAAAGCACUGGGGAACUCUGUGGAUUAUGUGCAGGUAUGUGAUUCUGACACGGUUCUGGAUCCAGCCUGCACAAUUGAGCUGUUGAAGGUUCUGGAGGAAGACCCAAAUGUAGGUGGAGUAGGAGGAGAUGUACAGAUCCUAAACAAAUAUGACUCCUGGAUAUCCUUUCUGAGCAGUGUCAGGUACUGGAUGGCAUUCAACGUGGAGCGUGCAUGUCAGUCGUAUUUUGGUUGUGUUCAGUGUAUCAGUGGACCUUUGGGGAUGUACCGCAACUCCCUCCUCCAGCAGUUCUUGGAGCCCUGGUACCAUCAGACCUUCCUGGGCAGCAAGUGUAGCUUUGGUGAUGACCGUCACCUUACCAAUCGAGUCCUCAGCUUUGGCUACAAGACUAAGUUUACUGCACGCUCACAAUGCCAGACUGAGACACCUACUCACUACCUCCGCUGGCUCAACCAGCAGACUCGCUGGAGCAAGUCGUACUUCCGGGAGUGGCUCUACAAUGCUCUUUGGUUCCACAAACACAGCCUCUGGAUGACCUAUGAGUCUGUGGUAACUGGAUUCUUUCCCUUUUUCCUGGUGGCUACAGUUAUCCACUUGUUCUAUCGAGGACGCCUGUGGAACAUCCUACUGUUCCUGCUAACAGUUCAGCUGGUGGGAAUGGUGAAGGCUACCUAUGCCUGCUUUCUGAGAGGCAGCUUGGUCAUGAUAUUUAUGUCCCUCUACUCCCUGCUGUACAUGUCUAGCCUCUUGCCAGCUAAAAUCUUUGCCUUGUUGACUAUCAAUAAAGCAGGCUGGGGCACAUCUGGGAGGAAGAAGAUCGUCGUGAAUUUAAUUGGGGCUGUACCAGUAACUGUUUGGGCACUCCUUUUGCUUGGUGGUGUAGCUUAUACGAUUUACUGUGAGACACAGGAACCUUUCAGUGAAACUGAGAAGGUGCUACUUAUUAGUGGGAUUAUCCUUUAUGCCUGCUACUGGUUUGUACUUCUGGUGCUCUACUUGGCUAUAGUAGCCAAGCGUUGUAACAAGAGGGAGGAACAGUAUCACCUACCCUAUGCUGAGGCCUAGAAUGCCUUAACAAUGUUACUGGAUAAACUCUGUGGGACUGGUUUGAAUCAGUCUUCUACCUCUCUGGUGCUAAGCUCAUUGUCAUAUUGGUGAAGGAUGCAUAGUCACUUGGUUUGCAAGACUACUGAGCUUUAUCCCACCAGUUAAGAUACAUUA